AUGAUCAACGGUGAACCCAGAAUUUUGCUUGAUGAUUAUCCCAAUGAAAUAUUACGUGAUAUUAUCACCAAUACAGGCAUCAACAAUCUAACCAAGUUGCUCUCACGUCCAUCAUUUUUAGAACUGAACAAUAACGUUAAACGUGCCAUCAAUAAUGCCAUAUCAAGUUACACGUAUAAUAACAAGGCGACGAAACUAGAAAGAUUGCCAAAUAAUUGGGAACAAUCAACUAAAUUCCAAACUGACUUUAAGACUGCAGGAGACUUUCAAAUGUUCGACAAUUACUGCGUGGAUGAAGAAAUGGAGUUAGAUUCGAAAAUUUACUAUGAAUUAGAAGAUGCUAGUGAUCUAAUUGAGCUUCAGAGUCUAGUCUCUGCCUUGAAACCUAGCAAAACGAUGAAAUUACAAUUGCAUUUGGAUUUUACAAAAUGUGGCUGCCGAUUUGUGGACUUGGCUAAGUUGCUUUCACAUAUGGGCCAUUUGAGUGACAGGUUGAAACGCUUUGCAAUAAGAGGGCCAGAGAUGACUCAUAUUGAAGGUGAGGUUAAUUUAGAACUUUUCACUAAUGUGGAGGUUUUAAAGAUAACCUGUCUCAAAGUAAAUGGCACAUUUUCAAAUUUUCACAAACUACGAGAGCUUUGUUUUGCUCCAGUUCAAUGGCAAAAGGGUUUUCUUGAUAUCUCUAAGUUGCCAUCAUCAUUGAAAUGCCUCGAAAUUAAUACUGAUGAUGUUGUAGACUCAUCGUGCGAUGGUAUCACCUUCCCAUCGCUCGAAAAGAUUUCAAUUAAAUGCAAUUACGAUCCUGUACCUCCAUUGGUCAAAAAGGUAAUCCAGUUUAUGACUUAUCGAGAAACUAAAAUUAUCAACUACUCAUACGAUGGUUGCGAUACUGUCGAUGAUUUUGUUUCGUUUGUUGCUGAAGUUGCAAAAGAGAAUGGGUUCCAUUUACAAAGUUUGUCAAUUCAAGGUGCUAUUGAGAAUCCGUUGAAUUUGUAUCCAUCAGAUCUGCUUUCGCUUAGGUUUACUGAGAAUGAACAGUUGACUUCGUUGUUAAAGUUGCCUCCCACUUUGAGGAAACUAUCAAUCACGGAGAAUUACUACACUGAAAUAUCCAAGAUCUUGGAUAUUCUCCCAAACACAUUAGAACAUUUAAAUUUAAGUGCUAAUGAUGGUGAUUGGGAUGAGGCAAACACAGAUUUUGCUAGGUUUAAAAGAUUAAAGUCUCUCAUUUUGUCCAACACUGAGAUAGACAACAUCAACAAUUUCACAUUUCCAGAUUCACUUGAAAUUUUGGACUUGAGUCAAAAUAAACUACAAAACUUUCACGGAAGUUUCCACUUGAAGAAACUCAAUUUAUUCGGAAAUCACAUUAAAUCCAGUGAUUUUAUUGAAAGAGGGCUUGAAUCGCUGCACGUCGAGACAUUAUAUCUUGGAUACAAAAUGGAUUUUUCAGGUUGCUACUUACCAAUACAGAGUUUAAGCUUGAACCGUUGCAACUUAUCAGGGGUAUGUCAGUUUGGUGAUAAACUCGUUAGUUUACGAAUGGAAUUAUGUAAAAUCCAGGAGGGAGCAAGAUUGAUAUUUCCCAAAUUGAGGUUUUUAUCGAUCGUGCACUGUUUAAAUGACACCUGUGAUUUGGAAUUGCCAAACACAGUUGAGGAAAUUGACUUUUCUUUCAAUGAUUUCACUGUAAUUCCAAGUUACCUUGGUAAGGUGGAACCUCGCGUUCUAAAGCUUGAUCACAAUAACCUCAGUAAAGCAACGCUUAUGUUUUCCACCAAUUCAUUAGAAGUAUUGGAUCUUUCAUCCAAUCGAAUAGAGGAGGUUAAUUUGUCAUUUCCAAAAGGCUCCACCAAUCUCAAACUUUUAGAUCUAUGUGGAAAUCAAUUGAAGGAGAUCUCAAUGGAAUCCAUCGGUCACAAUGACAAAAGCUCACACAACGACUUAUACGAACUAAGUUUGGCGGACAACUUACUUAAAGAGGACCAGAUUGCUACAUUGAUUCCAAAAUUGCCAAAGUCCACCCAAAGUUUAUGGGGUGAUAGACAAACACCAAAGGGCCCAGGCAAUUGGCUAUGCAAUGUACAACCCCAAUAA